AUGGAAGCCACCUGCCCCUCUGCUGCCUGUGUUCAAUCCCAGUGCAUUGGGACCAAGUGUGCGGAUUCCACUUGCACUGACGCUAAGUGCAUGGAAGCCAAGUGCACGGACGCGCAGUGCUUAACUAAGUGCUGCGAGUCCAAGUGCCCCGCGUGCCCCGACUGUGCCCUUGACGUGAGAGGUGGGGAGGAGGAAAAGGCAGCAAUGAAAACCGGGAAAGCGGCGGAGUGGGAGGAGCAGGAGGGGCGGGAGGAGAGUGAGGAGAGUGAGGAGAGGCAGAUGAGGGAGGCGGUGGCGCUGUCGUCGCUGCGAGCAGUGGCGUACACGCUGGAGGCCGGUAUCAUCUUCCACUCCAUCUUCAUUGGCAUCGCACUCGGGGCGAACCAUGACAGCGCUGAGAUCAAGGGCCUAGCCAUUGCCCUCGUCUUCCACCAGGGCUUUGAGGGCAUAAGUCUUGGUACUGCAGUUGCUCCGUGCCGCUUCUCUCACCUCAAGACCCUGUUCAUGGGGCUGCUUUUCGCAUUCACCACGCCUCUGGGCGUGGCUAUAGGAUUGGCCGUCCAUUCUUCGUAUAACUCCAACAGCCAGGCAGCUCUUGCGACUGAGGGCGCGUUCAAUGCCGUAUCCGCCGGCAUCCUCAUUUACAACGGACUCGUUGACUUAAGCACAAGGGUGUGGGGGGGGGUCAAUCACCGUGGAGAAGGGAUUGUGCUAAGGCGUUAUAAGCUAGAACUUCCGUUCUUCACUUCCCCACCUCACCCUCUUUCCUUCCUGGCACCUCUCCCUCGCCCUCGCCAGAAGCACAAGGACGUGGCAGGGCGGAUCGCUGUGGAGAACCCAAAUGCGCCCAGAAAGGCCACAGGAAGGGAUCAUAAGCACAAGGGCGUUGCAGGGCUGAUCGCAGUGGAGAACCCAAAUGCGCCCAGAAAGGCUGCGGUCAAGAUUUCCCAGGCGGAUACCAAUGCCACCACUCAACUCUCUCGCCGUGAAAGGGAGGAGAUAGAGAAGGAAAGGUCAAAGGAGCGGUACAUGAAGCUGCAGGAGCAGGGCAAGACAGAGCAGUCUAAAAAGGACCUUGAACGCUUAGCUCUUAUUCGCCAGCAACGGGAAGAGGCGGCUAAGAAGAAAGAGGAGGAGCGCUUGGCUCUGCCUGUAGCUCUGCCUGUAGCUCUGCCUGUAGCUCUGCCUGUUGCUCUGCCUGUAGCUCUGCCUGUUGCUCUGCCUGUUGCUCUGCCUGUUGCUCUGCCUGUUGCUCUGCCUGUUGCUCUGCCUGUAGCUCUGCCUGUUGCUCUGCCUGUUGCCCUGCCUGUUGCUCUGCCUGUUGCUCUGCCUGUUGCUCUGUUACCAUUCAUUUAG